AAUCGAUACCUAGUUAAUUUGACACCUAUAGAUAAAUGAGAAGAAUGUGAAUUCCCAUACAAUUGAAAUCGACUCCUGCGCACGACUACGCGAGAGAGCCCAAAUGACGUGUCUGCAUGCGAAAUCAAAUUAAAAAGCAGCUGAUUUUAAUCGCACCACCGUCACAGCUUGCGGUUUGUAAUUAAUUUACUUUCAAAUUGUCCGGUUAAUACACAGUUGGUUUGCUCGCUGGCAUGCACACUUCACUAGGUAGUCAUCGGCAGUUAUCGUUCAACUUUCGAGCCGGCCUGGCCGAUGCAAGUGGGAAAGCGGCUGUCAAAAUUUUACCGCGAAUCUUCACGCGCGGUGUUCGAAAAUUAAACUUGACAUUAAAUUUUUUUUUAAGUAUUAAUAUUUAAUUUUUAUGUGACACACAGGUGUUCUGAUAAAGUGAUUUUAGUUUUUUUUUUCUGACCAGAAUAGUAAUGCAGUGAAAUUGUGUUUUGUGAAAGUAUCGAAGGAUUUUAGCAAUGGAGCCUACGAGGUUUUUUUACGCCGGAUGCUUGCUAUUGCUGGCUGUUUUAAUAGAAAUCGUACAACCGACUUGCGUUCUGGAAUCGGACUUCGGCUUCAAAAUCAACUGCGCCUUCAAAAAAUCUGGACUGUUCCGUGUACGUAAUCUGGGAGGCUUGAAGGCACACGCUAGUAUUGGCUUCAGUCUCGGCGACGAGUUGGGCUUCGAGCAAUCCCUGACGAACCAGGACCCCAGCCGGAGGAGAUCUGUGAGCGUCAGGAACGGGGCUCCAACCAACGUCAUCGGUGACGCCACCCCGCGCUCAGUCGGCAAGCAAGAGAAACGAGGUAAACAAAACAGAAUAAUGAUGAGACCGAUGGCGCCAGUCAGUCGUCCGAAUCAGGCUGCAAUGGAUAAACUAUCAACCUUGCAUCGUAGAGUCUCCAGCACGAUGCAGCCAAUCGUUGUACCCUCAGUCGAAACACCAAAAACAAUAUCCCGAAUAAGCAACUCCGGAAACCAGGGUAUAACACUAGCGAAGCCUGUUCCUAUGGGAGUCCCACCGUUCAAACCGCUACCUCCCAAAGAAGACACUCUUAAAGUAGUUCCCAUCGCGGCCACCAAGAAAAUCUACACACCAAUGCAGAUCCCGCAGUCGAAAGGACCAGGACUGGCGUACCAAAGUGAGAAUUACCCACAAAGCCCAAACUCACACAAUCAAGUAUCAAAAAUGGUUUCGCAAAUGACCGCAGUACAAUUCUCGCCACAGUUACUCAGAAUCACACCAACGCCGAUAAUCAUUAACACUCCAAAACUCUAUUCCAUGCCGACAACUGUUAACCCAUUCAUUCCGAUGCCUAUAUCACCUCCACCUACACAAGCCAUAUCAAUAAUACCUGCACCAAUAUUGAAAGAUUCCAUUCAAACACAUCCAUCUGCCUAUUCACAACACUUUAUCCAAAAUCCUAUUUCUAAUUUUAUAGACCCGGUCCCUAAGCAAGUCCACGACAUCGCUAACGCGUAUAACACGAAGAAGAUUGACGACUACAAUACUAUCACUGGUUACGGUGAUGAUACUACUCUAAAAUUCAAUAAAGAAGAUAUCAAUGCGAAGAUAGCUGAAAUAGCCAAAGCUGGGAAUAUAUCUAUGGAAGCGGUAGAAGCGGCGAUAGCGUUGAGGCAACAACAGCUACUGAACAAGUACACAAAUUUCGAAGUGCCAACGUCGACGACUACGACGACUACUACAACGACAACAGAGAAACCAAUCGUGUUCCAGACGCAACCUGAGCCCGAAAUAAUUGUGUCUUCUGUUGUACAGAAACCAAAGAGACAUCCAACCACGGGUAAAGUCAUGAACGCCCCCCGGGAAUAUUACCCAGUGGGUUACGAGAAGAACUUCGACGACCACUUCCAGUCCAAAGUGGACCUGCCAGAGACCAAUUUCCAUUGCGGAGACCAAAAAUACUUCCCUGGACUGUACGGGGAUGAGAGCCUUGGAUGCAUGGUAUUCCACGUCUGCGCCCUGACCGAUGAUGGCUUGGUGAUGAAAUCCUUCUUGUGCCCAGAAUCGACCCUCUUCGACCAAACUAUCCUCAAAUGCAACUGGUGGUUCUACGUAGACUGCAAAAAUACUCGCAGAUUGUACGAUACUAACAUUCCUGUCUCUAAAAGCUACCAGCUGAUGAAGGCUCUGACUUUCUUCUCUUCAUACAAGAAGGAGAUGCAAGAAGAUGGUCGUCCAACAAAUCCUGAAGAGGUAGAAGGUAUAAAAGAAGCUAUAUCCAUCCUUGAAAAUCAUGAUUCGAGGCCAGUUCAAGACAAUGGUUCUAAUAGCAUCCAAAUCGUUACUCCCCAACCAAUAAUCGUCGACGAGCGAAGUAAUACUAAGACUGAACCUUCUGCGCCAUCGCCAGUUUAUCGUUCUACAAGAAAUUUCAAUGUUUCCACCAACUCUAAUAACGUAAACAGAAGUCCAUCGAAAUCAAGUAACGAAGAACAAAACAAUUCUGAUUAUAAAUUUAUAACAGUCAACGCAGGCAUAAACUUCAAUAAUACAAGUGAAAAUACUUCAACGGAAAAGAAAUCUUCAAGGUACAGUUCGGCAGAGAAUACUUCAAGGUCUUCUUCUGCAGAACGAAAACACAGAAGACGUAUGACACUAAAGAAUAGCACUGGACCUACCACCACUACUACUACUACAGUGAAACCUGUCGAAUCUACAACAUCUUCAGUAGAGAUUAUCAAACAGGAAAUCCAACCAAUAGAAAAGUUUACUAUAACAGACGUUAAACAAGAAAAGUUAACAGAUCAACUUGAACCAAAUCACAAAUACGAUUCAUUUUUAGUCGAAUCACACAAUUUGCCACCAGUAAAGAGGUUUUACAGAUCGAGCGCUGAAAGCAUUAAAGAAGAAAAAGAGAUGACUAUUAUAAAUAAUGAAAAAGUACAGAUUAUAAGGCCUACUUCUAUGGCUAGAUUAGUAGGAGAGUUUCAGACUCCUACAGCCACGAUAGCCAAAUUAGAUGAAGCAGUGUUGGGCAAGCCUAGAAGUAAGAAGUCUACAAUAUCUAUUGUUACUCCAGAAAUACACAGAGAUCGACAAAAUCCGACUAGAGACCAAACAUAGUUAACAAAUUUCUUAGUCAAUAACUAAAUUUAAGUGUCAUAAAACCUCUUGUUAAUUUAUUUAUUCUAUCUAGUGUGUCAGCCUCGUUUAGAUGCAGGCUCGCGUACUUGCUCAAUGUGUUAUAAGUAGUCUAGUGGAAUCAGUCAAGUGAUAUUACGGUGUAUGUUUA